AUUAAAUAAUGUCUAUGAACCCAUAAAAUUGAAAUUGUAUCAACGAAAACCCACUAAAAUCAUUCUCUCCACCAUGACCACUUUUCUCUCUUUCUUUCUUCUCUCUUCUGUAGCACUUUCCCUCGUUCUAGUUUCGGUCACAGCAGAAUCCCUCGAACAUGAUUUCUUGCGUCAUAAAAAAGAGAAGCUAACUCAUUUUAGAGUUUAUUGGCACGACAUCUUGGAUGGCAAAGAUCCAACUUCGGUCUCAAUAAUGAAUCCUUCGAAAAACUACACGGGAGCAACGGGUUUUGGCCUCACUCGGAUGAUUGAUAAUCCGUUAACGAUGGCCCCGGAAUUAAGCUCCAAAAUGGUUGGAAGGGCACAAGGGUUUUAUGCAGCCGCAUCUAAAGAAGAGGUGGGAUUGUUGAUGGCUAUGAAUUUCGCUAUUUUGGAAGGGAAGUACAAUGGAAGCACAAUUACAGUGUUUGGAAGAAACUCGGUGUUUGAUAAAGUGAGGGAAAUGCCGGUGAUCGGAGGGAGUGGACUUUUCCGAUUUGCUAGAGGUUAUGUUCAGGCAAGAACACAUGUCUUUGAUAUCAAGACAGGGAACGCCGUUGUCGAGUAUAAUUGUUAUGUUCUGCAUUAUUGAUUCUUAAUUUUUAGUCUAUAUUUUGUGUUUAUUGUACGGUUUUUCCCCUUCACAUGGUUGUGGUGGGACACAGUUAUUAGGUCACUUCAAGUGAUAUAUGAUUGUAGGUUCUUGUUUUUUUCUUCUGCCAACAACUCAUUUUAAAUAAUUC